GAACUGGACUGUCGCGAGUGACGGUCGUGGUCUUCCCGCAAGCUUUUCGUGAUUUUUUUUUUCUUUCGUUUCGAUCGAUUCGUUCUUUGCGAUUGUUUCUUUCUUCAUACGUUUUUGUUGAACCUGCGACACUUGUUUAUUUUAUCAUUUCCGGUAGUUUAUCGUUGUUCACACGUUGUGAUACUGACCUGUGCGCGCCGAUUAUCUGGGUCAAUCGAAGGGAGUUGUUCUUUGACAGUGACAGUGUUCUUGUUUUGGGCAGUUGAUCGUCUCGUGCUAAUUUGUAUCCGGUUUCAUAGCAUUUGUUGUUAUCAACUUUUGUUCUGGCGAACAGAUUUUUUUCGUUUGUUAUUAACUUUUCUUCUGGCGAACAGAUUUUUUUCGUUUGUUGUUAUUAACUUUUGUUCUGGCGAACAGAUUUUUUCCGUUUGUUGUUAUUAACUUUUAUUCUGGUGAACAGACUUUUUGUUUUGUUUUUGGUACACUUUUGUUUUGGUCGAUAGAUCUUUUAUUUGUUUGUGAAUUGUUGUCUUUUUAUUUGUGUUGCUAAAUUUGUAUUCCGGUUGAAUUAAUUAUUCCGGAUUAUGUUUUUGUUUGUUUCGCUGAUAUUCCGAUCUGGCUAAUAGUCCUAUUUGUUUCUCAUAAGAUUUAUUUAAAGAACAUUUCGCUAUCAGCGAGAUACUUUAUUAAUUCAUCGCUAAUUAAUUGAAGUGUUCAUUUUCCUCAAAACUAAUUACCGAAGAUACCGUGUUAUCGCGUCCCGUUCAGGCCGCUUCUCGCGCGACUUGUAAUUUUUAUUUCAGUAUUGGAGGAAAUAGAUAGUACAGUAUCUCCGACGCAGCCCUAAUUGAGACUUAUCAACUUCCUCACUCGUUACACAUAGUAAAUCGUCCUCGUCGUUCAGCGAUACUCAAAAGUGUCACGAAACCGCGAGAACCAAACGGUGUCGUUAAAUUUCACCGAUCACGCUUACCCUUAAUUUUCUAAAAGCGAAUCAACGGAAGCCUUGCAACAAGAACCGUAUUAAAAGAAAUUAUUUCUCUCCGAAUUCUGUUCUGGUGAAUUUACAAAAAAAAAGCUAUCGACGCGUACACAGAUUCUUGUAAUUACAUUCUUUCGAAGAAAACAUCCACACGUAUUUCUUGUAUGAAGAAAUUUCAAGUUACCCUAAAAAUCGGGGUUGGAGAACCGGCUGUUCUCAUAGUGCUCGAUCGGUUUAACGGGACGAGGAGGGUUAAUUGCUUGAUGGAAAUCGAAUCCUCGCUAGGGGUUGAAAAUCCGGCGCCGGUUAUGGUAUCCUCGUCGCAGAUAGAUCCUGAUUGCACCCUGGGAAUAUCCUGGCAGUAUUCCCGCAUUCCGGGCCGACAAGCUGGAGUUAUGAAAUACCGAAGUGGAAACGCUCGAGCUGCUUCGAGAGCACCAAGAUCGUCCAGUGCAGGUACCAACAACCUACCACCAUUGACGUUCCAUCAGGUUCAUGGUGACAAUAUCAGACUCUGCAAUGGCGGGACCAUCGCCAAAAGACACGAGAGCUUCUGCAAGGGUGUCACGUUCAGCGCGAGACCCGUCCGGGUCGGUGAAAAGGUCUGCAUCAAAUUCCUCGAGAUCUCCGACAACUGGAGCGGCGUGAUACGGUUCGGUUUCACGAGCAAUGACCCGAUCAACCUCAGGAAUGGACUGCCGAGGUACGCCUGCCCGGACCUCACGAACAAACCCGGCUACUGGGCAAAGGCCCUAGCCGAGAGAUUAGCCGAAAGGGACACGGUUCUGUUCUAUUACGUGACGUCGGCCGGCGACGUGCAUUUCGGCGUGAAUGGCGAGGAAAAAGGACUAUUCUUCAGCGGCGUGGAGACCCGCGGCCCGCUCUGGGCUAUCAUCGACGUGUACGGUAACAGCACCGCUAUCGAGUUCGUCGAUCCGAACAGACAACACUUCAACAAUAUCAGAAGAGGCGCCGAGCAUAGCAACGAGGACAAUACGCAGCACAGCAGGCAGUCGGCCAUGGAGUCGGUUGUCCCGACCAUGCAUAACUUGUCGAUCCAUGACGUGGACGUCGAGCUACCCGCGCUCAGGUUUCAGCCUCCCGGUGUCAUCUUCAGGCCCUUACCGUUCCACCCGACACGGGGCAGGAACAUCUACUUCAGAAACCAGCAGUGCGUGGCUGCGCGCAGUGACACGGAGUUCUGUCAUGGUUACGUAUUCACGAGCAGACCGUUGAUGCUGGGCGAAAGGUUGGUCGUGCAGAUCCUGUCGACGGAGCCGAUGUACGUGGGUGCGCUCGCUCUGGGCCUGACUUCCUGCGACCCCGCGAGAUUGACCGCGGAGGACCUGCCGGACGACAGCGACCUGCUGUUAGAUCGACCGGAGUACUGGGUGGUGUCGAAGGACGUGGCCUCGAGCCCGCAGCCCGAGGACGAGAUAGCGUUCACGGUGACCCAUUUCGGCGAGGUGCAGAUGAGCAAGAACGAUGGGCCGCCGAACGUGGUGAUGCACGUGGACCAGAGCCUGCAGCUCUGGGCGUUCGUGGACGUGUACGGCAGCACCCAGAUGGUCAGGAUGCUGGCCAGCAAGCCGACGUCGCCGCCAAGGCCGCGACAGGGCAACCCCUCCCCGGCGCCCAUCGUCCAGCAGCAGCAACAACAGCAGCAGCAACAGCAGCAGCAACAGCAACAGCAGCAGCAGCAGCAACAACAACACUCGAACUUUAACAACGCCGCCACGGAACUCUCUAGAUUCUCCGAGGUGGUGCAAUUCAAGCCUGCCGUGGGCGGCGGCACUGUUCUCGUGGUGAACUUGCCGCCUCAGACCUUCCCUACGCCACCUUCGAACACACCCUCGCUUCAGACCAUAUACGCCACGACCAGGUUCGACCCUUAUCGACCUGACGGGGUCGCGCUAUCGGCGCAUCCAGGAUCUUCCAGGCAGUCUUCGCCGCCGUUAACGGGCACCAUGGCUAGCACAGGCUCCUCGACGUACGUGGAGCCGGUCAACUACCAAAGCCUGGACGGCACGCUCACCUCUCAAGCCUCUUCACACCUGCAACAGUGGAGCGAAGGUCUGCAACCUACCCCUGGACAGCCCAGCGAGUGCUCGAUCUGCUACGAAAGAAGCAUCGAUAGCGUGUUAUACAUGUGCGGCCACAUGUGCAUGUGUCAUCCGUGCGCCAUCCAGCAGUGGUGCGGCAAAGGCGGCGGCCACUGUCCCCUCUGUAGGGCGCCGAUCAAGGACGUGAUACGCAUCUACAGAUCCUGAACACAGGCGCAGGCUCCACGCGGAAGGAACAGUUCCAAGGGCUGAAUAUGUCUCCCGAUUUGUUGACUCCUUUGCGAUUAGGCAAACGCUUCAGCCGUGAUCGUCCCGGCGUGGCCGCCGCCUCCGUCGCCGCUAUCGCGCGCCGGUUGCUUCUUGGUUCUCGGUGUUCUCGUCUCCGAGAGGGAAACUGUACUCAGGACGUGUAGCAGGAUAUCUUCGACGAUGCGCUCAACUGUAUUUCUUCACUGCCGAUCUUUCUUCCUCCUCCCCGGUCAGAGGAGCUCCGGCGGCGGGCAGCUUUUCUCAAUCGUUGAAUCGCUUCGAUACGACGACCACGCCGGUCAACGACUGUUUCUACAGGAUUCUUUGGCGGUGAUUGGGCACGACGCUAAACGCCCGAGUGCUGGAACACUCUCGUCAAUUACGAUGUCAAUAGGACGUGGAAGUCGACUGCCAGAACCGUUUAGCAGACCUCUGGAACGAGAACACGAGCUUUCCUGCUGAGCCGCGAAACACAGGUCGUCGGCGAUUCGCUGUACUCGGUCGUAACAUUCGUGAAGAUCCACGAAACAUUCGCGUAUACGCACGGACAGACGGACAGAUAGACGGACGGAUAUACGCAUACAUUCACGUACAGUGAUCAUUUUUGAUUUGAGAGUGACUACGAGAGUAGCGAGCUUUUCGAAACCAGGAGAGAGACUAAAGAAAGAAUCGAGUGUCUGAGCGGGAGAAAAAGCGACAGGUGUGAAUGCGACAAAGAGAAGAGAGUAACAUUGAUCUUAGAUAUUUUCACAAUCGAUAUAUGAUUAUAUAUUAUUGCUACCAUGUCGCCAACUUACUAUUACUGUUACUAUUAUUACGAUUUACUACUGCUACUAUUCUCAGCCUUUAGUUAUACGAUUAUUUUUAUUAUUUUUAUUGAUAUUAUUAUUAAUUAUUAUUAUUAUUAUUA